AUGCCCGCAGCCUCCGGCCCCGGCCCGGGCAGCGCGGCCGCGCCGCCGCCCGCUCUCCUCUGCCUGCUGGCCCUGGCGCUGGCGCUGGCGCUGAGCGGGUGCGGAGCCGCGGCCGAGCCCUCCCGCACCGUCUACACCAACCACUGGGCCGUGCGGGUGCGGGGGGGCCCCGCCGAGGCCGCCCGCGUCGCUGCUGCCUACGGGUACAUCAGCCUGGGGCAGAUCGGGAGCUUGGAGGACUAUUACCACUUCCACCACAGCAAGACAUUCAAGCGCUCGACGCUGAGCAGCCGGGGACCACACAACUUCCUCCGCAUGGACCCCAAGGUGGACUGGCUGCAGCAGCAGGAGGUGAAGCGGCGGGUGAAGAGGCAGGUCCGAGGCGAGCCGCAUGCCUUGCCCUUCAAUGACCCAGUGUGGCCCAACAUGUGGUACCUGCACUGCAGUGACAAAGGCAGCCGCUGCCGGUCGGAGAUGAACAUCCUGGCAGCCUGGCAGAGGGGCUACACCGGCAAGAACGUGGUGAUCACCAUCCUGGACGACGGCAUAGAGAGGAACCACCCCGACCUCCUGCAGAACUAUGACCCUCUUGCAAGCUAUGAUGUCAAUGGGAAUGACCACGACCCAACUCCACGCUACGAUGCCAGCAAUGAGAAUAAACAUGGCACUCGCUGUGCAGGGGAGGUGGCAGCAGCAGCAAACAACUCCUACUGCAUCGUGGGCAUCGCCUACAACGCGCGCAUCGGAGGCAUUCGUAUGUUAGAUGGCGAUGUAACAGAUGUUGUUGAAGCGAAGUCGCUUGGCAUCAGACCCGAUUACAUUGACAUUUACAGCGCGAGCUGGGGGCCAGAUGAUGAUGGGAAGACAGUUGAUGGACCUGGUCUAUUGGCCAAACAGGCUUUUGAGCAUGGCAUUAAAAAGGGCCGCAGGGGAUUGGGGUCCAUCUUUGUCUGGGCAUCUGGGAAUGGUGGCAGAGAGGGCGAUUACUGCUCCUGUGAUGGCUACACCAACAGCAUCUACACCAUCUCCAUCAGCAGCACCACCGAGAACGGCUACAAGCCCUGGUACCUGGAGGAGUGUGCUUCCACCCUGGCCACCACCUACAGCAGUGGGGCUUUCUAUGAGCGGAAAAUAGUCACCACAGACCUCCGGCACCGCUGCACCGAUGGGCACACCGGCACCUCCGUAUCCGCACCUAUGGUCGCAGGCAUCAUUGCCUUGGCUUUGGAGGCAAACCCCAUGCUCACCUGGAGGGAUGUCCAGCAUCUACUGGUCAAAACCUCGCGGCCAGUGCAUCUGCGAGCGGCAGACUGGAAGACCAAUGGUGCAGGGCACAAAGUUAGCCAUCUAUAUGGCUUCGGUCUGGUGGAUGCAGAUGCUAUUGUGGUGGAAGCCAAGAAGUGGAAGACGGUUCCUCCCCAGCACGUCUGUGUGGGAAGCCUGGACCGGGUGCCCAAGUACAUCCGAGCAGACCAUGUGCUGCGUGCCAGCACCCUCAGCAGUGCCUGUGCUGAGCACCGUGACCAGCACGUGCUCUACCUGGAGCACGUUGUGGUGAGGCUCAGCAUCUCCCACCCGCGCCGGGGAGACCUCCAGAUCAGCCUCAUCUCUCCUGCAGGGACCAGGUCGCAGCUCCUUGCCCGCAGGGUGUUUGACCACUCCAACGAGGGGUUCAAAGGCUGGGAAUUCAUGACCGUCCACUGCUGGGGGGAGCAGGCAGCAGGGGAGUGGACCCUGGAGAUCCACGACACACCAUCCCAAGUGCGCAACCCCACUGUGCAAGGGAAGCUGAAGGAGUGGAGCCUCCUCUUCUAUGGGACAGCCGAGCACCCCUACACCCCCCAGGGCAGCUCCCAGUCCCGCGGGAGGACACUGGAGGUGUCAGCAUCGGAGAUGGAGCCAUCGAGAGCUGCAUUCCUGCAGAGUCAGGUGGAGGUGACGGAGGAGGAGGAGGAGUACACAGGUCCGUGCCACCCUGAGUGUGGCGAUCAAGGCUGCGAUGGCCCCAAUGCCGACCAGUGCUUGAACUGCAUCCACUACAGCCUGGGCAGUGUGAAAACCGGCAGGAUGUGUGUGAGCUCCUGCCCCACAGGGUUCUUUGGUGACGACGGUGCCCGGAGGUGCCGCCGGUGCUACAAGGGCUGUGAGCGCUGCGUGGGGAGGGGACCGACCCAGUGCACGGCCUGCAAGAGGAGCCUCUACCAUCACCAGAUGGGCACCUGCGUGGUGCUGUGCCCGCCUGGGUUUUACGCCGAGGAACGUCAGAAACGCUGUCUGAAAUGUCAUCAAAGCUGUAAAAAAUGCGUUGGGGAAGCAGACAAAUGCACUGCAUGCAAAGAAGGAUUCAGCCUGGCAGGAGAGAGCUGUGUGCCCGAGUGCCAGCCCAGCAUGUACCUGAGCCGGGAGCCCCGGCGGUGCGAGACCUGCCCUGCCAGCACAGGCCCGGGUGAGGAGGACUGUGCACCCUGCACCCCCGAAACCUCUGCACCCCACUGGCGCUGCGUCCCUGCCUGCCGUGAGGGCUUCUACCCUGCUGACAGCCAUGGGCUGCCCAACAAGGUCUGCAAGAGGUGCGAUGACCACUGCUCAGCCUGCGAGGGCUCCAGUGGAAACUGCCUCAGGUGUAAAGAAGGUUUCAGCCUCCUCGGUGGCUCCUGUGUAACAAAUGAGACCUGUACCAAUGCUGACAAGACUUUCUGUGAGAUGGUGAAAUCAAACAAGCUCUGUGAAAAGAAGCUGUUUGUGCAGUUCUGCUGUCAGACGUGUCUUAUGGCCGGGUAAAGCUCAGCGCCCGCAUCCAUCCAGGACUUCCACCAGCGGCCAGCCCAGUUUUGCCAACUGUUUAGGACACAAGUUUGUUUUUUCAGCUUUGGGAGAGUUUACAUGGUGCUGUCAAGCAUCCGCUCGUAAGUUUGAUAGCUUUAAUAUCACUGUCAGCGCGUUUCUAUAGCAAUAUGGUAAGCUGAGAUUGGAUCGUACCCUGAAUGAGCACGUCCUGAAAGGCAGCAGACAAGCGGUGAUAUUAAUACUCUCAAACACUCCUCGUGAGCAGGGACUGAUGCAUGAUCCAUGUGCACACGCGUGGGUCUUUCCCAGUAUCCUCCUGAUGUUCCCACUGCGAGCGGCUGAUGGAGGAUGCAGGACUUGACACCUCUAUGGAGAAAGCACCGGUUCUGGCUCGGUGUUUGGUACCCUUCCCUGCUAGGUGAUGGCUGAGUGAAACCCGCACCACAGGCAGCCGUGCUCUGUACAUAGGUAAAACGAUGAAUUAGGUGGUGCCGGAGCGGUGCCCACUGCCUGCUCCAGUGCUCCUGUUCGGAUUCAGACCGUAGCCUGUUUUCUCUCUGACCACGGCAAUAACUGGAGAUUUGAGGACCAAAGUGAGAGCUGAUCCAUGUGGCUCUGCAGGCAUUGUCAGCCCAGUGCAUCCACAGGGCUUGGCUGUGUAGGUGACUGGAGGUCCGCAAACCCCUGUGCCUACAGGGAGUCUUAGGGACUUUGCGGGGUUCAUCCAUCCACAUGGAACAGCCUUACCACAAAAUGUAUUUCCCUCCUGGAAUUGCUAGGGCUCGCUGAUUAAUUCAGUUCUGGAAUGAGCUAGAUCCUUCCUUCAUACGAGGUGGUGUCCCAGUUCGUCUCCUGGCAUUUUAUGUCAUGAUCCUUCCCCUGUUUCACUGGGUUCACCACUCUCUCUUACACAAAAUCCUCCUGUUUUUACUUGGGCAUCAGUUUCCAAAAGACAUUCCAUGGAUCCAGCCAGGAAACUCUUAAUUCUCCAAACCCCUUCCCUGAAACAAACCUUCUCAUGCUCUCUCCUAACAGUAAUGUGGUGUUUAUAUAUAAUUGUGUUUAAAAUAUCCUUGGCUAUGUUGUUUUACAGAUUUUUAAAAAAUAACUUAUACAAUCCUUGGUUUUCCUCCAUGGACUAUUUUUUAUAUGGGAGUGGGGAAUCUUUCUGUGUCCUACGUCCUCUCUGACCCUGCAGAGCCACUCUUUGCACCAGAUGUAUGUAAACGCUCUUUCCUAUGCUGCAUGUUCUGAUUUCCAUUGUUAAUAGUUGGAACGAGUUAAACCUUUUGCCAAUGAAAUCCACAGUGGGAAUUGUCACCGGCUCCUCAUGGAGCCGGGAUAAUCCCUGCUUGGUUUCGGUUGCGAUGACACGAGCCCUGCCUGGGCUUGCCCGCUGGAGCUUACCUCAGCCAGGUGAAGAGGGGCAGAGCCACGCCACCACCGGUCCUCACCUGCCUGCACCAGCUCCAUCACCAAAGGUGGAGCUUUGGUGAACUGACCUUUAAGUUAAUAAACUAUGGAUCUCCCCAA